AUGCUUGGCUUGUCCUUUCGAGCUCUUCGCGUCUGGAGCACGAGGAAGGAGAUCGAGCGCGCUAUCGACUGCGCAGAACGAGCGCUGGCGCUCGCGCCUAACCUCGAGUCUGCCCAGAAGUUGAUCCUGGAUGCCCUCGAGCAAGGCCGACGGCAGUGGGAGGAGGCCCAGAGGAGGUGCGAGGUGUGGGCCCACAAGCGGGCCAACUGCGACUUCGAGUCGGGCAGGAAUAACCUCGCGGGGUACGCGGAGGGCGGCGGCCCGCCCGAAUUGUGUAUCGCCGCCAUGCACGCCUCGCUCCAGGAGGGGUACUGCAAGGCGUUGCGCAACGCCGGUCAGACGGACAAGUUCAAGGAGGCGCUGGCAGCGGCUACAGGCACCGGCGUGCCGUGGGCCAUGUCGAUGACCAGGAGGCGACAGGACGUGAUGGACAAGAAGGAGCGAGCUGGCAAAGCGUACGCGAGCAACAGGUACCGCCUCGCGCACGAGCUCUACUCGGAGGCGAUCUGCGUGGACCCCCAGGACUACUACACCAACGCCCUCCUCUUCGCCAACCGCGCGGCCGCCCUGAUGAACUUGGCCAGGAACAAGGACGCACUCAAGGACUGCAUCGAGGCGUUGCGUCUGAAGCCCAACUACCCGAAGGUGUUGCUGCGGAAGGCUCGGCUUCACAAGCGCCUGAGCCAGUGGGACCUUGCCAUCAAGGACUACGAGACUUACCGCAACAGCGUGGGAGUUCUGCACUCCACGUGGGAAGAGGCCGCGAGCGAGCUCGAUCAGUGCCGGCUGAGCCAACGCAGGGCCAACGAUGAGGAGAGGAGGAGGGAGGCGGAGGCGAGGGCGUACGAGCGGGGGGACUACUUCUACGGCAGCAGCUCGCGCAGCGGCGGCCGCGGCGGCGGGGGGAGCCGGCACGGGCUGUUCGACGACUCUGACGAUGACAAGGACGACCACGACCCUUUCAAGUUCUUCUCGGGUGGGAGUUCUUGGAGCCGGAGAGGGAGAGGUACCGGCGGCAGGUCGAACUACGACUCCCCCCCUCCCCCCGGUCCGGUGCCUACAUCCGGGCACUACACGACGCUGGGGAUAAAGUCGACGGCGACGACGGCAGAGGUGAAGAAGGCGUACCGCAAGCUGGCGUUGCAGCACCACCCGGACAAGAACCAGGGCAACGAGGCUUCCGCCAACAUCUUCAAGGACGUGACGGCAGCCUAUGAGGUGCUUAGCGACGAGAAAGAACGCCGCACGUAUGACGUGAGCCUCCGGUUGGCGGGGCAGUCCCCCGGUUGGCGGUGA